GGAAGCUGAUUUGAUCCAAAAUGGCGUUUGGGGCAUGCAUUCAGGCAAAGAUGGUGGAAUGUACAGUACAUGGUUUUUGCAUUUAGUCAGGUCAGGGACGUUUCCAAAGCAGUGACACCGUCGCUGUUCACGUUUGGACAUUGCUGUAGCAGUUAACCAUCCCCGUUUAAAGCGAGGAUCAUUUAAUCGUUCAAAUCGCGCGGACGUCAGCUACAUCUAUAGCAAGCUAGCUAACAAGCAAGCUACUGCGCGCUGUUACUUUAGAGUCUUACCUGUACACUUUUGGAAACAUUGCAGUCUAGCUAACGAAUGAUGUCCGCGAAUGUUCCUAAGGUGACAGUAUGAGAGCUAGCCGGUAGUUAUUGUAGAUAAUCCAACUUGUUAACUAGCAAUAUUGCCGACUCAGCAAUAACAAUGACUGUGAAGUUGACCACUCAGGCUUAUUGCAAAAUGUUGCUGCAUGCUGCCAAAUAUCCUAACUGCGCCGUAAAUGGACUACUAGUUGCUGAGAAGCAGAAGGACAAGAAGAGAGACGGACACUCCACACCUGUGUUGUGUGUGGACUGUGUCCCGUUAUUUCACGGAACCCUUGCCUUGGCACCGAUGCUGGAGGUGGCGUUAACGGUGAUUGACACCUGGUGUAAAGAGAACCGGUAUGUGAUUGCAGGAUAUUAUCAAGCCAAUGAGCGUAUCAAGGAUCUCAGACCGAGCCAGGUUGCAGAAAAAGUAGCCGCCAGGAUUUCAGAAAACUUCAGCGAGCCAGCGCUGAUAAUGGUGGACAACAGCAGAUUUACCAUGGAGUGCUGUGAACCAAUACUUGUCAUCUUUGAGCAUCAUGAGAACAAGUGGAAAUGCCGGGAUUCGACUGUGGACUGCUGUGAGGACUGGUUAGAAGCACAGAAGAUCACGUCGGCACUCCUGGAGAGCAGGUCCUAUGAGAACCUGAUUGACUUUGACAACCACCUUGAUGACCUGAGGAACGACUGGACGAAUCCGGAAAUCAACAAGUCCGUACUGCACCUGUGCUGAGGCAGCCUGGGGCGGCGCUGCACUUCAAAGCCAUUUCUGCCAAAAUGGGGCUCAAAUCACUGUCGUCUGACUCGUUUUCAGAGGAAAUCUGUCUGUCCUCAGGCUUCUUCUUUUUUUUUUUUAAAAAGGGCAACGAAGUUCCAGCUAGAUAAUGUUAGAAUGUCAUGAAGGGUCUACUUGUAAGCACAACUCCAACGUCAGAGUUGAGUUGAACCUGUCAGAAAUGUUUUCAGGCAAGUGUUUGUACAUAUGCUUAUAGAUUGCUGAUGUACAAGCAGGAAUUAAUAUUUCAGAAGCCAAUUCUAGGGACAUGGAGCCAGAUCUGAUAACUUUGCUCUGUGCUUCAUUUUUUAUAGAACUAAUGUAGCCUUACAAAAAAAAGAUGGUAGUGUUUAAAUGAUCUUUCUGAUGUUUUACUUGAUUGUUGGAGAAAUGUUGAGUGAUGCAUUCAUUUGACUUGCCAUACAUUUUGAGUCUUAAUGUUUAUAUGGAUGAUGCUUUCCUGACUAAUCUGGUGUAUGAUCUUAUUGGUACCUGAUGUGAUUAAGAGAUUUUGCUUUCAUUUGCUUUACAUUGCUAAACUGAAGCCCUGUCAACAACUAAUUAAAAUUAUUUGCAUUGAAUUGAUUGUUUUUGUUUUAAAUUGUGUUUAAAAAAAAAUGUAUAAUCAAUUUAGUUUUCAAUGUAUUGGCAGGCAAUUGCCAUUUUUAUUAAGAAAAUAAAAAGUAUAUAUUUAAUCCACAAAUAAACAUUUUUGCUGACAUAA